GAGUCCAAAGAAUCCAAAUAUCAAAUACUAGAUACACGACAUUACCAAAUAAAUUCAUUAAUUUCCUCUUUAUCCCCUCAAACCUUUCUAAUCCCCAGCAAAAUCCCACAAAUAUCAUCCAUUACCUUAAAAAAGAAUCCACUGCAUCAUUACUGGAACAAAUUCGAUAUCCCAAAUUCCCAAUACGAAUCCCACCCUUUACACAAUUUUCCUCAAACCUCUUAAUACCGUUUGCAAAGAUAGGAAGAGAAAGAAAAGAAAAGAAAAGAAAAAAAAAAAUCUCCGCGAUUACAGGCAAAGGUGACCGCACUAUGGGCAGAAAGGGAGGUCGCCGGAGGGGGCGUCCGUGGGGAGGCGAAAGGAGGGUGGCAUCUGGUGGUGGAAGUGGCAUUAGGAAGGGGUAGGGCUGAACGCAUCCCUGCCAGACCGGCCACCUGCCUACCAACCCUGUCUGCUCCACCACGCUUCCCAGUAUUCGGGCGAUCGCUACUACUCGCGCACGCAGUUCCCCUGCUGGGAUGUGCGUAGACCGCGCCACCGCGCCGACACGCAUCGUACUAGCGAAUUACGUGCCAGCCAGCGUAGUGGCAACGUGCUCGAGGUGACGUGUCCGUCGCAAGGAAGAAAAAGGAAGGAAAAGGAGAAAGAAAAAGAAAAAAAAAAGAAAAGAAAAGAAUCUUCACCUGUGCACGAGCAACCGAAAUACGUUCGUCACGCCACCCCAGCUAUGGAUCCGCCGGGAAUCACUCGUGUGCCACGAGUGCCCCUGAACGACGCAACCCGUCGUGCGUAACUCGAUUAUUGCUGCGGAUUUCGCGGCUCGCGUCUCGACGAGCGAGAUUCGGCCGAUACACGUUGCGACACGAUUUCUAGUUUAUCGGUAGAACGGAUGUUGGAACGAGGAUGGAUGGAUGGAUGGCUCGUGAUGCGUUGGCGUGUCUCGAAACGUGAUUAAUGGACACGGCGUGUAAAUUGGGGAUUCGGUCGGGAUCGUUUUGUAUCGAGGGCCGCAUCAAUGUUUACCGAGUUUAAUAGGUCAAACGAGGAGCACUCUUGCGCUCGAGCCUCGCAGGCAACGGGUUGCUCGUUUCGAUUGCCCAUCAACGUCCCACCUCUUUCGUUCGUCGCCACUGGGGGCUUGUUAAGGACACUGUUAACGAGCAACCAGCUCGCAAGUCUCUCCGUGUCGAUCGUCACGCGAUAGAGAAAGAAUAUUUUAGUGGGAAUAUUUGCGAGUGAAAUGGGAUUACGUGCUCCCUACGUAAGAGGCGAUCAAUCACCCGAUAAGAAUGCAUAGGAUCCAACUCAGCUGACGAAGAAGAAAUUACUUUUCAAAAUCGAACUUGAAAAAAGUUUUGCAUUAACGAACUUGGUCGAUGUAUAUGUAUAUAUAUAAAGUGACUGGAUGCUUCGACAAUCUAGUUGACCCUAAAAAGAGAAAUGUGUCGACUUGUGAUCAAAUUUCUCUAUCCUCGUGAUCGAUCGAGUCAACGAGGUUCCAGGGAUGAGAAUAACGCGAAUGAAUCUUCAUCGUGGAUACUCGGUGAUAAUUUAGAGUAGGUAGCUUCUCUCUUUCUCUCUCAGUUUCGACAACACACUUGACACGAACACUGGUGUGUUCCACAACGAACGCUGCCUGACAUGGCUACGUGUUUCGACCAAGCUACGUUUCGAGCUCCACAAAGGAACGAGGUCAUUAGGUACGCGAGAAGGCAGGAAGGGUCGAGGGAAGUUGGCCACGCGAGAACGAGUCACCCCGCCACUUCUGCCGGUUCCUUUCUUUCAUCGUUCCGUAAGAACGUCACCACGGUCAACGCUUCGUAGCUCUCUCUCGAUCUGUCUGAAUCGCUCUCGAAGCAAACACUUGGGGAACCGAUUGCAACGGUACUAAUUCUUCCAUCUCUUUCGAGUGGAACGGAAAUAUCGAAUGAUCGAUCGACCAGAUGUGUGUCUGGAGUGUGACUAAUUCUGGCCAAUCGGUUGGAAGAAGCGACGGGUGAACCAGCUGAAUGGGUCUUGCUCGAGCGACGAAAAGAGAAGAACUCAAUGACGUGAGAGUGACGGAAAAGUGUCGAGUUGGGAUGGGGACAAAUCCGCUUAAACAUCGGUGUGUAACCAGCCAUGAACUCGCCGAUUUAUCGCGCGUCCUCUUUUUCAUAACUGUCGUCAGAUAGUGCGGUGGAUCGUUGAUCGGUUAAGAUUCUUUGAGGCGGUCGCGGCGGAAAGCUCUUAUUCAGGGGCCGUCGAGCGCGUUCUUUAUUCGUGUUUAAACGGGGAUUAAGUUCGAGGCGUUACAGUUCGAGUUGCUCCUCGAAUUCGUGGUAAAUCGAGCCACGAGAUGCGAAAAGGUAAAGAAAAUAGGAGAUGUAUAAAUAAUUUGAAUUUUGAAAAAAAUAAAUUGAUUCGUACGAAACAAACUUUGUUGUUCAUGGGAACAACAUCAAGAAAAGAGAAUAUUGUUCUCAACUAGAUGUCUCGAGAAGGGAAAUCUAAUCCAAAACAAAGACAGAAGAAUCUUUUCGACCAAGAAGGAAGAAAUUAUCUUAUAUUUACUUGGAAAGGCUCGGUCGAACGGAACCUCUCGAGUCGCUUAAUGGUCUAAUUAACUUCUCCCAUUGAACCCCAUCGAUCGAGGCACGCGGAACGAUCCUCUUGUUACUGAACAGGCAUCGAUCAUCAUCAAAUCAUCGAAUCAACUUCGAAAAUCGUUGAGAAAAAUUAGUUUUUGGAGAAAACUUUUCGAAGGGAUGAAACCAAUAAUAAUAAUAAUAAUAAUAAUCGUUUUUCUCGAAACUCGGUCGGUAAUCGCGAGGCAAUCGGUAAAGUAGAGAAAUCUAUUCUUGAUUAGAGAUUCUCCGCAAGAUGAAAGAAGAGAGAAGAUAGUCGGCUACAUGUUGUCCCGAUUCAUUCGAGAUCUUUCAGUGGAUAGUGCCGCGGAAGAAAGUGGAAAGAAGGAGGAGGGGAAGGGGGAGGAUUCCGGUGUUUUGUGACCGUUCGGUCAGCGGGCCUUGGAGAAGUCCCGCGACGGUUCCUAUUACAAAGUGGUCGCAAUCGAGGCCGGUGAACGUAAUGUGGCCCGGAUAGGCGAAGAGAUGAUGACGGUGACUCCGUCCACAUCCGAUGUCGCUGACAAGGCAGUGUCCACGGACGAUGGUGGCAGUGGUAUGGAGGUGGCACGCCUCGAGGCCGUCCUCGCCGCCCUGGUCGAGACCAAGGUGGAGGCGAUCAAAGCAUCCUCGGCCUUGGGCAAGCGUUCCGGUAGCGCGCCGGCCAGCCCUCGCCGGCUCAGACUCACCUCGACGUCGACCGCCUCCUCCUCCCUUAACCACCAACAUCGAAGGAAGAGUCAUCAUCAUCAUCACCACCAUCACCACCACCACCAUCAUCAUCGCAGGAGGCACGACUCGGCGCCGUGCAACGACUUCAUCGACGAGGCGGCCACCGAUCAUCACCGGCACAAUGGGCAUCAUGGUAAAACACGGCGGAGGGCGUCAGAGAGUCCACGGCGCCCAAAAAAAAAGCGCAAACACUCGAAAAGCCCGCACAUCCUUCACGGCGUGAUCCAAGACGUGCCGACCGGUCUUGAUUCGCGUUUAGAGCUUUUCGGGAUGGAUGGUGAUCAAGACCUCGCAUUGAUAAACUUUGAAAGGACUCGAGAAACUCUCAGCGAUUCCUGUGAAUAUCCACAGUUGCACCGAAGUGCCUCAUAUUUUCCCCAAAGUACCGCUCAAUUAAAGAUCCACUACGACGACGACGAUUACGUGGCGUUGAACAUAGCGGAUGAGCUGGAAGAAGAGGAGAUCUUGAGCGGUACUGAAAAAAUCGAGGCACCUCGGGAGAAGUAUCACCGGCCACGCAGAAAGAGGAAGCGAAAACGGCGCAAGAUUAACAAUACCGGUCCUCAAGAAGAGCUCGUCGAUCCUGAAGAGCUUCCACCGCGGGCGCGUUGGACGAUCGUGGCUACAGCUUGCCUCCUUCUCACCAUGUCUUUGCUCUUGGUCGGGGUUACCCUCAGGAUGGCGCCAAUCAUCGACGACAUGGUGCGCAGAGAAAACGAGGAGCUGUUGAAUUCCCUCAACAGAGUCUUCGUAACUGAAAACUCGACAAUGACACUCUGAGGAAACUGUUUUCUAAGGAAGACGAGUGGCCUGUUUUGAUGCGUCUUUCGAAGAAGUUUGAAGCAAGAAGAAGAAGAAGAAGAAGAAAAACUAUCGCUUAACUUCGAAGUUAAGAAAAGAAGAGAUCAAGGAUCGUUUUUCAAAAGCGGGCAAAGUUUUAUUACAAUUCCAUUUUAUCCAAGACGUAUAUAGUUAGGUGUAGCGAGGAAAUGGCCAAAUUUUAUUUGUCAAUGUCGACACGAGGCUAAUUUGUCCACUUUGCCGAUAGAGUCGAACUAAACUUCGAACUAGAUCUAUAACAAGAUGGUGUCGACAUCUGUAAUUCUGUCCUCGUUAUUUCGAAGGUACGUCCAACCUCACUUUUUUUCAUUCGAGUGUAUAAUUUGAUAUUCUCUGGGAGGAAUCGAAUAUUGCAUUGUCUCAAAAAUUCUUUUCUUUUCUUUUUUUUUUUAUACGAAUUUAUUAUAUU